AUGUUCAGUUUUCGAAAAAGGGGAUUGGGCACUCAGAGACUGCAGUUGUUGCUUCUGCUCUUCGCAAUCUGGGAGGCUGGGAGCGGCCAGGUCCACUACUCGGUCCCCGAGGAGGUCAAACACGGCACUUUCGUGGGCCGCAUCGCCCAGGACCUGGGGCUGGAGCUGGAGGAGCUGGUGCCGCGCCUGUUCCGGGUAGCAUCCAAAGGCAGUGGGGACCUUCUGGAGAUAAAUCUGCAGAAUGGCAUUUUGUUUGUGAAUUCUCGGAUCGACCGCGAGGAGCUGUGCGGACGGAGCCUGGAGUGCAGCAUCCACCUGGAGGUGAUCGUGGAGAGGCCGCUGCAAGUUUUUCAUGUGGAGGUGAAGGUUAAAGAUAUUAAUGACAAUCCGCCAGAGUUCUCUGGAAGAGAACAAAAGCUGCUGAUUUCUGAAUCUAAGCAACCUGACUCACACUUUCCUCUAGAGGGCGCUUCUGAUGCAGAUAUAGGAGAGAAUGCUCUAUUGACCUACAGACUAAGUCAAAAUGAAUAUUUUUCCUUAGAAAUACCAACAAAUAGUAAGCAGACUAAUAGACUGUCUCUUAUAUUAAAGAGGUCUCUGGAUAGAGAGAAAAUUCCGGAAGUUAGUUUGCUACUGACGGCCGCAGACAGGGGGAAACCGGAGCUCACUGGCACUGUUCAGCUUUUAAUCCACGUCUUGGAUAUUAACGACAAUGAUCCAGAAUUUGAGCAAUCAGAAUAUAAAGUGAGAUUGAUGGAAAACGCAGCUAAAGAAACUUUUAUGAUUAAGUUAAAUGCUACAGAUCCAGAUGAAGGAGUCAAUGGGGAGGUAACAUACUCCUUGAUAUCGAUUAAGCCCAAUAGAAAACGCUUAUUUACAAUAGAUGAAAAUAAUGGAGAGGUGAGGGUCAAUGGAAUUUUAGAUUAUGAAGAAAACACGUUUUAUGAAAUUGAAGUACAGGCCAAAGAUAAGGGAAAUCCCCCAAUGUCAGGUCACUGUACACUCUGGGUAGAAAUCAUAGAUGUCAAUGAUAACGCUCCUGAAGUCACCGUGACUUCCCUGUCUCUCCCAGUACGAGAGGACACUCAGCCUAGCACCGUCAUUGCUUUGAUUAGGGUAUUCGACCGCGACUCUGGUGCCAACGGAGAGGUGACCUGUUUUCUAACGUCCAACGUUCCCUUCAAGAUAAUGUCCACGUUCAAAAACUAUUAUUCACUGGUGCUGGACAGCGCCCUGGACCGCGAGAGUGUGUCCAUCUAUGACUUGGUGGUGACAGGACGAGACGGGGGGUCGCCUUCGUUGUCGGCCACCGCCAGCGUGUCCGUGGAGGUGGCUGACGUGAACGACAACGCGCCGGUAUUCGCGCAGCCCGAGUACACGGUGUUCGUGAAGGAGAACAACCCGCCCGGCUGCCACAUCUUCACGGUGUCUGCGCGGGACGCGGACGCGCAGGAGAACGCGCUGGUGUCCUACUCGCUGGUGGAGCGGCGCGUGGGCGAGCGUGCGCUGUCGAGCUACGUGUCGGUGCACGCGGAGAGCGGCAAGGUGUACGCGCUGCAGCCCCUGGACCACGAAGAGGUGGAGCUGCUGCAGUUCCAGGUGAGCGCGCGCGACGCGGGCGUGCCAUCUCUGGGCAGCAACGUGACGCUGCAGGUGUUCGUGCUGGACGAGAACGACAACGCGCCCGCGCUGCUGCCACUUGGAUCUCGCGGCGGGGGCGACGCGGUGAGCCAGCCUGUGGCGCGUUCUGUGGGCGCCGGCCACGUGGUGGCGAAGGUGCGCGCGGUGGACGCGGACUCCGGCUACAACGCGUGGCUGUCUUACGAGCUGCAGCUGGAGGCGGGGGGCGCUCACAGCCCGUUCCGCGUGGGGCUGUACACCGGCAAGAUCAGCACGACGCGCGCCCUGGACGAGGCGGACGCGCCGCGCCAGCGCCUGCUGGUGCUGGUGAAGGACCACGGCGAGCCAGCGCUGGCGUCCACCGCCACUGUGCUGCUGUCGCUAGUGGACAGUGGCCAGGCGCCGAAGACACCGUUGCGGAUGUCUGUGGGGGCCACGGGCCCAGAGGCAGCGCUGGUGGAUGUGAACGUGUAUCUGAUCAUCGCUAUCUGCGCAGUGUCCAGCCUGUUGGUGCUCACGCUGCUGCUGUACACGGCGCUGCGGUGCUCGGUGCCGCCCACUGAGGGCGCUUGCGGGCCGCUGAAGCCCACGCUGGUGUGCACCAGCGCGGUGGGGAGCUGGUCGUGCUCGCAGCAAAGGCGACAGAGGGUGUGCUCUGGGGAGGGCCCACCCAAGAGGGUAUGCUCUGGGGAGGGCCCACCCAAGACGGACCUCAUGGCCUUCAGCCCCAGUCUUCCUCCGGGUCUGGAUAGAGAAGAUGUAGGGGAGAGGCAGGAGGCAGGAUCAAAUCAUUCUGGGCAGGUGAGUAAUAUAGAUACCCUCGCUUUUGAAGUUUAA